AACAAUCAACCAUGACGACCGAAUCUGGAUCCGACUCGGAAUCCAAGCAGGACCAGGAGGCCGAGUCCCAGGAAGUGCGGGGCCAGCAGGGGCUCAGUGCGGAGCGGGAGCAGGCCUUGGAGCAAUUUGCAGCAGCUGCAGGGCAUAGCACCCCUGUAAAAAAGGAGGUCGCUGACAAGGAACAGGAGUUUGCAGCAGAAGCUGCAAAGCAGCUCGAAUAUCAGCAAUUUGAAGACGAUAAACUUUCUCAGAAAUCAUAUAGCAGUAAAUUAUCUCGAUCGCCGUUAAAGAUUGCCAAAAAGCCUAAAAGCAUGCAGUGCAAAGUGGUACUUCUGGAUGGAUCAGAAUAUACCUGUGAUGUAGAGAAACGCUCCAGAGGUCAAGUGCUGUUUGAUAAAGUAUGUGAACACCUGAACCUGCUAGAAAAAGACUACUUUGGACUUACGUAUCGAGAUGCUGAAAACCAAAAGAAUUGGCUGGACCCUGCUAAGGAAAUAAAAAAACAGGUUCGAAGUGGUUCUUGGCACUUUUCAUUUAAUGUGAAAUUUUACCCACCGGACCCUGCCCAGCUCUCUGAAGAUAUCACCAGGUACUACCUCUGCCUGCAGUUGCGGGAUGACAUCGUGUCUGGAAGGCUGCCCUGCUCCUUCGUCACACUGGCCCUGUUAGGCUCCUACACGGUACAGUCAGAACUCGGAGACUACGAUCCCGACGAAUGUGGGAACGAUUAUGUUAGCGAGUUCCGCUUUGCACCAAACCACACGAAAGAACUGGAAGACAAAGUGAUCGAGCUGCACAAGAGCCACAGAGGAAUGACGCCAGCAGAAGCAGAGAUGCAUUUCUUGGAAAAUGCCAAAAAAUUAUCCAUGUACGGGGUAGAUUUACAUCAUGCCAAGGAUUCAGAAGGAGUAGAAAUCAUGUUAGGAGUUUGUGCGAGUGGUCUGUUGAUAUAUCGUGAUCGACUGCGAAUAAACAGAUUUGCCUGGCCCAAAGUUCUAAAAAUUUCAUACAAACGGAACAACUUCUACAUUAAGAUCAGGCCAGGAGAGUUUGAACAAUUUGAAAGCACUAUUGGGUUUAAGCUGCCAAACCAUCGAGCUGCCAAGCGUUUAUGGAAAGUAUGUGUUGAACACCACACCUUUUUCAGACUCCUAUUACCAGAAGCACCUCCAAAGAAAUUCCUUACCCUGGGUUCCAAGUUUCGUUACAGUGGCAGGACGCAAGCCCAGACGAGACGAGCCAGUGCUCUGAUAGAUCGCCCAGCCCCUUACUUUGAACGCUCGUCCAGCAAACGCUACACCAUGUCCCGCAGUCUGGACGGAGCAUCAGUGAAUGAAAACCAUGAAAUAUACAUGAAGGAUUCUGUGUCUGCUGCAGAGGUUGGUACCGGCCAGUACGCCACAACAAAGGGCAUCUCUCAAACCAACUUGAUCACCACUGUGACUCCGGAGAAGAAGGUGGAGGAGGAGCGGGACGAGGACGAGGACAGACGGAAAAGGGCCGAGGAGGCCACGCCGCCCGCCGCAGCUGUACGGCAUGAGGGCAAGUCACCUGGUGACCCUCACUCAUGCCCCUCGUCACCACCAUCAGCCCCCAGUCCCCCUGCAUCUCCCACAAAACUCCGUAGGAGAUGUAAGGAGAAUGACCCCAAACUGUCCGGCCGCGAGCCCCCUAAAGACACCGUGCAGGUGCACGGUGAGCCCUCCUCGGAUGCUGAUGGCAAAGGGAAGGCUUACCCAGGGGAUCAAGAUGUGGCUUUCAGUUACAAACAGCAAAGUGGCAAAGGGACAACCCUGUUUUCCUUCUCCUUGCAGCUCCCCGAGUCAUUUCCUUCUCUUCUAGAUGACGACGGGUACCUCUCGUUCCCCAACCUUUCUGAAACCAACCUCCUGCCCCAGAGCUUGCAGCAUUACCUCCCAAUCCGCUCUCCCUCCCUCGUGCCCUGUUUCCUCUUCAUCUUUUUCUUUCUGCUCUCCGCCUCCUUCUCAGUGCCAUACGCCCUCACUCUCUCCUUCCCUCUGGCUUUGUGCCUCUGCUACCUGGAGCCCAAGGCGGCCUCCUUGAGUGCCUCACUAGACAAUGACCCGAGUGACAGCUCAGAGGAAGAGACGGACAGCGAGCGGACGGAUACAGCUGCUGACGGGGAGACCACUGCCACUGAGUCGGACCAGGAGGAAGAUGCAGAGCUCAAGGCACAGGAGCUAGAUAAAACUCAAGAUGACCUGAUGAAACAUCAGACCAACAUUAGCGAGCUGAAAAGAACCUUUUUAGAAACCUCCACAGACACUGCCAUAACGAACGAGUGGGAAAAGAGGCUUUCCACGUCCCCCGUGCGACUGGCUGCCAGGCAGGAGGAUGCUCCCAUGAUUGAACCACUUGUGCCUGAAGAGACUAAACAGUCUUCUGGUGAAAAACUCAUGGAUGGCUCUGAAAUCUUCAGUUUAUUAGAAUCUGCAAGAAAACCAACAGAAUUCAUAGGAGGGGUUUCUUCUACCUCCCAAACCUGGGUUCAGAAAAUGGAAACCAAGACGGGGUCCACCAAAACAGAGACAGAAACAACCCCAUACCACCAGCAACUCGGCUCCGAGAAGGUUGUGCAGGAAACCGUGUUGGUAGAGGAAAGACAUGUGAUGAAUGUCCACGCGAGUGGGGAUGCUUCUUACGCGGCUGGAGAUGAUGUGGAUGCUGUAGCACAGGCAGUGUCUGCUGACGCAUCCAGCAUCAAAGGGAAGGAGGGCUCUGCUCUGAUGGAGGGGGCUACAGAGGCAGAAAAGGAGGUGGCUGAGAAAGCUGUACCCGAACAGGAAGAAACAGCCACUGCCUCCCACGAGCAAGAGGAGGAGCAGGGCACAACAAUCCAUGUAACUGAAACUGUGGAACGAAAACCUCAUUUUGAGUCGUCAACUGUGAAGACAGAAACCAUCAGUUUUGGCAGUGUUUCACCAGGAGGAGUAAAGCUAGAAAUUUCUACCAAGGAAGUGCCAGUAGUUCAUACGGAAACAAAAACCAUAACAUAUGAAUCAUCACAGGUUGAUCCCAGUGCUGAUUUGGAGCCAGGGGUGCUGAUGAGUGCUCAGACGAUCACAUCUGAAACCACCAGUACCACCACCACCACCCACAUCACCAAAACUGUGAAAGGAGGCAUUUCAGAGACAAGGAUCGAAAAAAGAAUCGUCAUCACGGGAGAUGCAGAUAUCGACCAUGACCAGGCGCUGGCUCAGGCAAUUAAAGAGGCCAAAGAGCAGCACCCUGACAUGUCAGUGACCAAAGUAGUGGUCCAUAAAGAGACAGAGAUCACACCAGAAGAUGGAGAGGAUUGACCGCAGGAAUAAUGUAGCUUGCGCUUGAAUCCAGUCAUGCAAACCAUUAGGAAAACUGGAGUCUCUACGGACUUCCCUCUUCUAACCCAACCUACGUGAAUCUGCCCCAUGGAAAAUUUCAGUGCAGAAGACUUGACCUUUACCAUUCAUAAAUACACUGGCAGAGAGAUCUUCCCAUAAUAAAGCAAUCUGAAUCAGCAUCACUAAACUGAUAUUGCAUGAAGCAAGGAUAAAAUUACAAAAGAGCAUUUUUAAUUUUCACAAAAUAUGUCUAAGUUUUCCGCUAUACCUGCACGUUCAUAACCGACAAUAUAAACAGUUGUCUCAUGCAACACAAACAAUUCAUGCCUUUCAUAGUUUAUUAUUAAAGUCUACACAAAACUGCAGUCUCUUAGGUGACCAAUUUUUUGUUUACAUAUAAAUGAAGAUUACCCUAAAAUGCUAGAAGCUGUAUAGGUCUGGUGUGUCAUGUUUAUCUCAGAUUAGAUGUGCCAAUAACCGAAUUUAUUCAGUAAACAACUUGAAUCUUGUACUUGUUUCAUCUGGUUUUAUUACUCUCAGCCAUGAACAGUAAUGACAGUAAUGACUCAUAUUUAAUGCUUACAAUCUUGCUUUAUGUAUCUAAUUUAAUUCAUUGUAAGGUAGUACUGAUUUUAGCAUCAUCAUAUGAUUUCUUCCUUGUUAUCCACUUUGGGCUGUGUUCAAUCCAGAAACCUGCCCCAAGUACCGUAACAAAGUCCUACAUAUGUAAAGUGUCGUGAUUUGGGGACGAAAUCCUGUAUUUUUGUUAGUUUACAUUAUUACGAAAUUUGAUUCCAGAAAAACCUGAUGGGAUUUUGUUGCUUGGUUUUCUCUUUUGUUUCUUUUUCUUUGUAUUGUUCAAAAUUGAUUUCUCUUCUGUUACUUGAAAAAGAAUGUUUUGUUUCCAAAUCUGGUCCAUAUUUACAAUCUAGUUCAGAGCCAAGCCUUAAACUGUACAGAAUUUCCACUGUAAUUAAACUAUUCCAUGUUGAGUUAUAAAUAGCCUUCAAGAAAAUCUAUAUUCUCCAUUCCACUGUCAGUGUAUUGCAGUCCAUGGUGAAUGCGCGUUUCCGCAUAGCAAAAUAAAAAUGGUAAAUGAACCUAAAA